CCAGUGGCCCCCAAGAUAUUCCGCAUUUCCAGUGACAUCAUUGUGAAUGAGGGAAGCAAUGUGACCUUGGUAUGCCUGGCCAUGGGCAAGCCUGAGCCUUCCAUCUCCUGGAGACACAUCUCCCCGUCUGCAAAGCCCUUUGAGAGUGGGCAGUACCUGGACAUCUAUGGAAUCACAAGAGACCAAGCUGGGGAAUACGAGUGCAGUGCAGAAAAUGACGUCUCAGUGCCAGAUGUGAAAAAAGUAAAAGUCACGGUAAACUUUGCCCCCACAAUUCAGGAACUUAAAUCCAGCACUGUGAUGCUUGGCGGGAGCGGCCUGAUACGCUGCGAAGGUGCAGGAGUGCCUGCCCCGAUCUUUGAGUGGUUCAAAGGAGAGAGGAAACUGAUCAAUGGUCAACAAGGAAUCACUAUUAAAAAUUAUAGUACAAGAUCACUUCUUACUGUUAACAAUGUGACAGAAGAGCACUUUGGCAACUAUACAUGUGUCGCUGCCAACAAGCUAGGGACGACCAAUGCCAGCCUGCCUCUCAACC